AUGGACAUCCCUGCCAUCAAUAAUAAGGCGGGAAAGAGAUGCAUCGAUGGCGGCGACGCGUCGAUGUUGCCAGCGCGAAAGAGACGAGCCGAAGGGAAUGUGGUAGAUGCCCUCAGCCGUACAGCCUCCUUCUCCUAUGGCGAGCUGAGGCACGAGGAUUAUACCGUUGGCUGGGUUACUGCUCUCCCUAUCGAGCUCGCCGCAACCUCAGCGAUGCUCGACAACAGGCACCCGCCUCUUCCCACUGUGCAAGGCGACGGUAAUUACUACAGGUACGGAAAUAUUGGAGCUCACAAUGUCGUUAUUGCUUGUUUGCCAUCAGGCCACUACGGUACGACUAAUGCUGCAGUGGUCGCGAACAAUAUGGCUAGAUCCUUUCCUUCUAUCUCGAUCAGGCUCAUGGUUGGUAUCGGGGGCGGCGUUCCCAAGUCUGAUAUUCGUCUGGGGGACGUAGUCGUCGGCCAUGAUGUACUCCAGUACGACUUUGGUAAGACUGUUCAUGGAGGCGAAUUCGCUUGCACGAGCUACCCUGUCAGACCUCCACAUCAAAUUUUGACGGCCGUCUCCAACCUUCGAGCAGAGCAUGAGCAGAGCUCAACCCGAAUACCUUCCAUUCUUGCGGAGAUGCUUUGCCGGAACCAAGAUAUGGUAAACUAUGGCUAUCCCAGCCAAUGCCAGGAUCGUUUAUUUGAUGCAGCUUACGACCACGGCGACGAAAUGCAGGAGUGUGACCAGUGCGAUCAAUCUCAGCUUAUAUAUCGACCUUCGCGGCCAUGUAAAGAGGCCCGGGUUCACUACGGGGCGAUAGCCUCAGGGAACCAGGUUGUGAAGCAUGCUGCGUCAAGAGACAGCUGGGCUGGCCGAAACAACAUCCUGUGCUUUGAAAUGGAGGCAGCAGGGCUCAUCGACCAUUUCCCAUGCUUGGUCAUCCGGGGGAUUUGCGACUACUGCGACUCACACAAGAAUAAAACCUGGCAGAAGUAUGCCGCGGCAACAGCAGCGGCAUAUGCAAAAGAACUUCUUCAAUCGGUCCACCCUGCUUCAGAGCUGAUGUCUUGGGUUAAUACGCUUGAUAGUUGCGGCGAUUCAACCACCCCAGAGCUUCAACAAUGCUUACCGUCGGACUCUAUCAAGAAAUCUCGAAAAGAAAAGAUGGAGUCACUGAGGUUCGAACAUAUAGAUAACCGACGGAUGAACAUCAAGAAGGCACACUUGAAAACCUGUAAAUGGAUGCUGAAGAACGAAGAAUACCUUGAUUGGUUGGACGAAACGAAAAUUCGGGAACAUGGCGGCUUUUUCUGGAUCAAAGGCAAGCCAGGGGCUGGAAAGUCGACAAUGAUGAAGUUCAUCUCCGAUGCAUCACAAAAGAAGAGAGCUCAUCACACAACUCUUGAUUUCUUUUUCAAUGCCCGUGGUCAUGACCUGGAGAAAUCGACAACCGGAUUAUAUCAGUCCAUCCUAUUCCAACUGCUUACAAAAUUCCCCUCCCUCCAGGAUAUUCUGGAUUGUUCGAGGCUGUUUGCCAACGGAACGCCUCGUCAAUGGACGAACGAUUUAAUGAAAGAAUUGAUUGAGCGGGCAAUCGAAAAGCUUCCCUCUUCUGUGGUCUGCUAUAUUGAUGCACUUGAUGAAUGUCAUGAUAAUCAGAUACGGGACAUGAUUAGCUUUUUUGAACGCCUCGGCCAGCUAGCAAUAUCUACUGGGGUUGGAUUUUAUGUAUGUUUCUCAAGUCGCCAUUAUCCCCAUAUCUCUAUGAGAGAAGGUUUGGGGCUGGAAAUCACCCUUGAGAAGCAGCACCACCACGGAGACGAUAUUCGCGAAUAUGUCGACAGUGAGUUGGCAAUUGGACAUGGUAAACUCGCUGACGAAAUUAAGAGCGAGCUGCUAGAAAAAUCAUCCGGGGUGUUUAUGUGGGCUGUGCUUGUCGUCAAAAUCCUCAACGAGGAACGAGACCGUGGGCGUAUACACAAACUACGCCAAAGGCUGCGGGAAAUACCAAAGGAUUUGCACGAACUUUUUCGGAGCAUCUUAUCUCAAGAUCAUUACAACAAGGAGGAAUUACUUCUUUGUUUCCAAUGGAUUUUGUUCUCGAAACGACCAUUGACACUGCUCGAACUUCAUCUUGCAAUCCUUUCUCAAACUGAUGACCCUACUCAAGUGGAUCCUGAAGACUUGACAGAGGAGGAUUCCAGAAUUUUCUUACUAGAAUCUUCCAAGGGGCUAGCCGAAGUCGCAAACUCUAAGGCUCCAAUAGUUCAGCUUAUCCAUGAGUCUGUCAAAGACUUUCUUCUUAAAGACAACGGGCUGCGAAGUUUAUUCAAUGACUUGAACGACAAUCUUCCGGGACAGAGUCACAUUCGGCUUAGAGAUUACUGUAAUCUUUAUAUCAAGAACGACAUACGCUUGCGGUAUGACACCUAUCGGGUUGGAAAAGAAUUGCAUCUGGAAAAGCUGAGGCAAGCAUUCCCGUUUUUGGAGUAUGCCAUUGAUGGCCUCCUGUUUCAUGCGGAUGCAGCAGGAUCAUUUGGAAUUGAUCAAAGUAAUUUCUUGCAUAACUUUCAUCGCCACACGUGGAUUUAUCUCCAUAAUCUAUUUGAAAAGUUCCAGUUGCGACGCUACAACCCUCGGAUAGACCUUCUCUACAUUCUAGCUGAAGCCAACGCACCAUCACUUGUUGAAGAAUGUACUUCACCUGGAGAUUGCCUCACAGUUGGAGUUGGGCGUUAUGGCUGCCCCUUGUUGGCAGCAAUGGUUCACGGACAUCAGGGAGUGGUAGAAGCAUUUAGAAAUAAUAUUGCUUGCACUCUCCCCGUGGACAACCGCGCCGGAAAUGAGAAACACUAUCGUGAGGAUAACACCAAAGUGUCCAAACUCAGCCGCGAUUUUACCUUCAAGUCAUCAGGUAGAUCUCUCUUGUCAUUCCUUGCCGAAUAUGGCGACCUGGAGCUCCUCCUUACUCUUUACCAUAGGCGAGAUCGUCUCCGGCUGCCGUUGGCGGCACCAAGACCCGGCUACCCUCAUGCCGACUCUGUCUUUUUCUAUGCUGUGCGAAAUUCUCAUUGGGAAGUUGCAAAGUUUUUGUUAGAGACGGGUCAGAGUGACCUCGAGCUUCUAAAUACCCAGGACCAUAUCCUUUUGUAUCGUGCUAUUAUUAAGGGCGAACUAGAAAUUAUGGAUCGUCUUUUGGUUGUUGGCCACGUUCGAAAUGGCCCGUUGCUUUUAGUUGCUGCCGAGCACGGUAAAAAUCAAUAUGUACAGGCCGUGCUGGACGCCAAUGGCGUUGAUCCUGAUUUCCAGGACUUUGAGGGCAGAACGCCGCUUUUAGUCGCCGCUUCAAAGGGCCAUGACGAAACUGUACGAGUUCUUCUGGAAUCUGGAAGGGUUUACCCGGAUUCUGGAGACAAUUUGGGUCGAACCCCGUUGUCAUAUGCGGCCUCAAAUGGUCAACUGAAAGUUGUGAAGAUUCUUCUUGCGAUAGACCAGGUAAACCCGGAUUCUAAAGACAAUUACGGCCGGACCCCCUUAUCAUAUGCGGCCUCACAUGGUCAACUGGAAGUUGUGAAGAUUCUUCUCCCGACAGGACAGGUCAACCCUGAUUCAGAAGACGAUGAUGGCUGGACCCCUCUAUUCUACGCUGUUGUACGUGGUAAUGUGGAAGUUAUCAAGACUCUUCUUGCGACGAGACAGGUUAAUCCUGAAUUCAAAGAUACUUCCGGUCGGACCCCCUUAUCACAUGCGGCCUCAAGGGGUCAACUGGAAGUUAUAAAGAUUCUUCUCGCGACAGGACAGGUCAAUCCUGAUUCAAAAUCUACUUCUGGCCGUAUCCCGCUGUACUAUGCAAUCCGCAAUGAGCAUGAUCAUGUGGUUUCUUUCCUCUUGGAAAUAGAUCAGGUCGAUCCAAAUUCAAGAGAUGGAAAUGGCCGUACUCCACUUAUGGUCGCUGCGAUGGGGUCAUCUACACGCAAGGCAAUGAAAGUCCUGAGAAUUAUAUUCGAAUCAGCUCGGGUUGACCGUAAUGCGCAGACAAAUGACGGCGACACAGCGUUUUCUCUCGCUGAAAAAUUCGGGAAUGGAGAGGCUUUUGAGUCCAUUCGUCGAGAACUUCGGAAGAAGGUAGGGUAUGCCACUUGA